AGCCAUUAUUCCAGCUUGAUAGCUAGUAAGAGAGGGAGAGAUAGAGGUCGAGAUGGAAGUAGUUCAAGUGCUUCAUAUGAAAGGAGGAGUUGGAGAAACCAGUUAUGCGAACAACUCUUUAGUUCAGCAAAAGGUGAUAUCCAUGACAAAGCCAAUCACAGAGGAAGCCAUAACUAAGUUUUAUUGCAGCACCUACCCUGCAGCCAUAGCCAUUGCAGAUUUGGGUUGUUCUUCAGGACCAAACACUUUGUUCGUGAUAUCUGAACUUAUCAAAGUGGUGGAUAGCAUUCGCCAAAAGAUAGGCCAAAAAUCACCCGAGUAUCAAGUGUUCUUGAAUGACCUUCCGGGGAAUGACUUCAACACGAUUUUCAAAUCCUUGCCCAGCUUCCAAAACAAACUGAAGAAACAACUUUUUGCUGGCAGCGGACCAUGUUUUUUCACUGGAGUGCCUGGUUCUUUCUAUGGCAGGCUUUUCAGAAACAAGAGUCUGCAUUUCAUACACUCUUCCUAUAGUCUUCAGUGGCUCUCUCAGGUUCCCGAAGGGCUGGAAAGUAAUAAAGGGAACAUUUACAUGGCUACUACAAGUCCCCCAGACGUGCUGAGAGCAUAUUAUGAGCAAUUCCAGCAAGAUUUUUCAUUGUUUUUGAAGUGUAGAUCAGAGGAACUAGUGGCUGGAGGGCAUAUGGUUUUGACAUUUUUAGGGAGAAGAAGUGAUGAUCCUGCAAGCAAAGAGUGUUGUUACAUUUGGGAGCUUUUGGCCAAGGCUCUCAAUGAAAUGGUCUUUGAGGGACUCAUAGAAGAAGAGAAACUGAACUCCUUCAACAUUCCUCAGUACACACCAUCUCCAGCUGAGGUUAAAUCAGAGGUUCUGAAGGAAGGGUCCUUCACCAUAGAUCGCUUGGAGGUUACGGCAGUGAAUUGGAAUGCAUAUCAGAAUGAAGUUGACUUGUCUGAUGCAUUCAAGGAUGGUGGGUACAAUGUUGCAAAGUGCAUGAGAGCCGUGGCUGAGCCAUUGCUUGCCAGCCACUUUGGUGAAGCAAUCAUUGAUGAGGUGUUCCGGAGGUACAGAGAAAUCGUUGCUGAUCGCAUGUCCAAGGAGAAGACUGAGUUUGUCAAUGUGAUUAUUUCCCUUAUAAAAGCUUGAUUAUCUUCACCG